AUGCACUUUGAGGGCCCCAAUAUGGGUUCACUCUUCACUGAUUUGUGGCGUGGCACAAUGAGAUGUGAUGCCACAGAUGAUAAAGACUCAUGGGACUGGGCCGUAUUCCGAGACAAGACUGUCUGGAUGGAUCAUGGUGCCUCCGUAGCUGCAUGUGCACAAUACCUCCCUGGUUCGUUUGAUCGGCCCCCACGCAAUCCUGCCGAAAAGAUCAACACUUACUACAAAGCCUGGGAGUUUAUCCUAUGGCUGUGGGGCCUUGGCCCAGGUCUUCUCUAUGGUAUCUUGCCCGACAAGUACUGGCAAAACUUCUGCAAGUUUGUACGAGGUGUCCAAAUCAUGAGUCAACAUAGCCUCACAUUCGAAGACAUACAGGAGGCUCACAGGUGUUUCUGUGAAUGGGAGUAUGAGUUCGAAUGUAUAUACUAUCAGCGACGAGCAGACCGAAUCCAUUUUGUUCGGCCAUGUGCUCACCAGGGGAAUCAUCUAGCAACCGAAGGUUUUCGAUCAGGUCCGUCUGCAUGUUAUGCACAGUGGACCAUGGAACGUGUCAUUGGCAUGCUGGGGAUGGAAAUACGACAGCCUUCCAAUCCAUUUUCGAACCUCACUUUUCUUGCCAUUCGCCGGUGUCAGAUAAAUGCCCUCAAGGUCAUGAUUCCUGACUUAGAGCCACCUGACAAUCCACUUCCGAAUCAUUCUGUCAAUCUCGGAGGUGGUUAUGUUCUCCUCAGGGCUCGUGACAGGUACAACUAUCAUCCAAGUGAAGCCGAGUCACAAGUUAUUGGUGAAUUCCUGGAUGCACCUGUUCCAAAGUUCAAGCGCUGGGCAAGACUGCGGCUUCCAAACGGCCAGGUUGCUCGCUGUGCAUGGAAGGAAACACUCAAGCCUGCAGAGAAGGUCCGCAUGGCACGAAACGUCAAGGUGACUGUCUCUCCUGAUGCAGACGACAUAAACAACAAUGAAAAUGACGGGGAGUUGGAGUACCAUGACGACGAGAUCUAUCGCUUCGUUACAGUUGCAAUGGUUUCUGUCUACUCUCGCCCAGAUCCAGAACUACUCCAGAAAUCGAUGCAGACUGUCUGGUCGUGUAAAUAUCAUGGUGAUGAGGCACUGCAGCUAGUCAGUGCAAAAUCCAUCCAGUCCAUUGUUGCCAUGAUACCUCACCGUCCUAAACUCCAAUCAGGAGUGGUAGAGGAUCGCUUUUUUCUCCUCGAGAAGCCGGGGCUUGGGCUGGUAACUGUUGAUGAGGAGGUUGAAGAUGAAGCAGAUGGGGAUGAGUAG